CUCGCUAUUCUCGUCACACAUUCGUUUUCCAUCCUCUCGCGCUGGUCUCAGCCCCAUCUACACAGCAUCGCCGCCGCCGCCGCAUCCCCUUUGCAUCUCCUUCGCCGGAAGCGGUGCUCCGUCGAGGCUCGCCGACGCUCCGGCCAAAGCCCUCCAUCAUCUCCUUCCACACGCUCCAGUGCAUCCCGGACCCUCCCACGCUCGGCUCCUAAGUUCUUCAAGAAUUACUUCGACAUCGUGCGACGGAACAACGAACACCUCCACGACUUCCUCUGCUCCGUGCAGGGCCUCCACGCCGUCCUCAUCAACACAACGUGCGGCCAUGCCCUUGAAGCCGUGAGGAAGCUGGGAGUCCUUGUCAUGGAGUUCUACCCGUCUGACGUCGGCGCCCUCGCCAUGACCCUCCAGGUUCCUUUGCUUGUUGCUGGUAACAGCUUUGGAACUCGGUGCUCAUGGAGGUCAUGGGCGUCGGCGUGGAGAUGGAGGGAUGGCUGGAAGAGCUUGUCAUGGCCAACGAGGUGGAGGCGAAGGUGAGGUUGGCCAUGGAGUCCGAGCAAGGAAAGAAGCUCAGAGACCACGUCGAGGCGCGCAGGGAAGCCACGGCCAUGACCUGGAAGGACGGUGGCCUUCGGCGUCGCACAGAGUGUGUUUCGCCACAGCCGAGUCCGCGUCGACACCGACAACGCUCGCCUCACCCGACCGCGUCGCGUCACCCGCACGGAGUUUGGCUUCCCCCGCUUGACGCGGCCCGCAAUUCCCGCAGCGACAUGUCUCGUGGGCGCAGUUGCCGAGUUACCAAUUGCCGCUCAGGAAGCCGAGCACCGGCGACGCCGCCGGAGUCCGCCGCAGCGGUCACAGCACCGCGGCGCUAUCUCUCGACGAUGACGCGUCCACCACCUUCCCCGACGGCACCAGCAGCGGCACACUUAUCGCCUCCUCCCGCUGGGACUUCGAGCAGCGCGCUGCCCCGACGAGCUCCGGACUUACCGCGGCCUGCUCGAGCGUUGCGGCAAGUUGCUGAGCAGCAUCCAGGCGUUCACAGCUGGCGACGACCAGCAGCCGUGCCAGAUGUCCGUGCUUGACGCGGCGGCAUUCCUCGCCGACGAGGACUCGCUGUCGUCGUCGAGGUCAAAGCGCACCAUCUUCACGCCCGCCCUGACGAGCUCCGGACUGACCGCGGCCUGCUCGAGCGCUGAGGCAAGCUGUUGAGAAGCAUCCAGGCAUUCACGCCCAGCGACGACCAGUAGCCGGUGUUCGUGCUCGACGCGGCGGCGUUCCUCGCCGACGAGGACUCUCGGUCGUGGUCGGAUUCAAAGCGCGCCAUCUUCGCGCCCGUCCCGAUGAGCUCUUCGGCAAGCUGCUAAGCAGCAUCCUUCCCCUGCCCAAACACUACGAUUUUUAUAUGUGCUGUGAGCGGACACCGGCGAGCCGAGACGAAGAAACAACACGAGCUUCUUGGGGUCCUUCUCCAUCCGUUCAUUGGCGGACGCCGAGACGAGGCAGGAGCACGCAUUAACUCCAGGGCUUUUAAAGUUUCAAUUCUUUUUAGCAAUAGUGGUGAAUAAAUUUGCCCAUUGUUGCUUGUUUUUCCCCUACACUUUGCCGGGCGAAAGAAAGAAACCUACAACACAAUUGUUUUUGCACAUUCUGAUUACUGAGAUUUUGUUUCAAAA